ACGCAAAGACGGUACGCCUCGAGGCCCACUCGUCUCAGCCAAUCAGAGCUCGGCUGGCCGGAAGCGGAAAGCGCUGCGCGCCGUUGCUACGAUUGCGAGGCGUUAGCGGGGGUCGAGGUAUUCCUUCCCCCCCCAACAAAUAAAAGGAGGGGGCUCGUGGAGGAGGUGGAAAUUGCCUAUAUCUGUUAUGGAGGCGGUGGCUUUUUGGGGCGCGUCUUAUGAACUCGACGCGCUAUUGGCGAAAGGACCAGUAAGAAGCAGGUUGAUUGGCUAAGGGAAGCAAGCGUGGGCUGUUGAGGCUGUUGAGUGCGGGGGCUGGCAAGAGGUGGAUCGGAGGAAAGAAGGAGAUUUUGAUUUCGUGCUUUCUUGAAUCCGCAACGAAGCUUGCUUGGAAGAAAGGGGUGGCAUUUCGCAUCUCCCGUGUGGUGUCCUGGGGAGACUUCCGGUCAGCUUUUGAAUGAGCUCAGGGCUGCCGUCCUAACCGUAUCUACUUGGAAGAACGUCCCGUUGAAUUCUGUGGGGCUUCUUUCCAGACCUAUACAGGUAAGAGAUGGAAGCAUCAUCUCUACAGGAAUAUUUUUAAAUCAACCAUCCUUAAAAAUGACUGAGCGAAUCAACACUGGCACUUGGCAAGAGUAGACAACUAUGGCAUGGAGGCCAUCCCAACCCAUAGAUGGACAUCAUCCUGUUUGCCCAUGGCACUCGAAGAUGGUGCUGAUCUGAGCCUUGAGAAGUAUAUAGAGGUGAAAGAGCAUCAUUUUCUCCUUCAAGUCUGUAAGAGGAAAAAAGAGCUGGCAUCAUGGCUUCAAAUUCGGGAAUCGUCCCUGAUGAUGGUGAGAGCAGCAAGAAUCCUACCCUGGAGAGAUGCCUCAAUGUGCUUAGAGAUGCAAGCAACGAUAGCGAACAGUUUGCUGCUCUGCUUCUGGUGACCAAAGCAGCAAAAGCUGGAGAAAUCAACUCAAAAACCCGCCGCAGGAUCUUUGACGCAGUUGGCUUCACAUUUCCAAACAGGCUUCUAACUUCCAAGGAUCCCCCUGAGGGCUGUACACAACACACAUUCCAAGCCCUGGGCCUAACCCUGCUGGCCUGUUUCUGCACUGAUCCAGAUUUAGCCCGGCAUCCCCAGGUCCUUAACAAAAUCCCAGUUUUCAAUGAUGUGAUUUCAACAUGCAAGGCAGGAGAUGCUUCCUGUAACGCCAUGAUUGAUGAUACUUAUCAGUGCCUCAGGGCUAUCUUGGCCACUCCCAAGGGCCCCAGAGAGUUGGUGAACAGGGGCACUGUCCCAGUGCUGUGCAGGGCCUAUGUGAAACGCAGCUAUGGCUUUGAUCAGGCCCUUAAGCUGCUUGUGGGGCUUCUGAUCUCAGUCGAAGCAAAGUGCUGGCAGAGAGCCGCUGCUGACCUCAUGGGUGUGCUGAACGUGCUCAGCAUUGAAUUCCAGAAGGCUGAAGACAUGACCAAAUUCCAGGUGUGUGAAGUGCUGCCCCGAUUUGUGCCGCCUCUUCUCUCGCCCAGCUCCGAAUGCCUUCAGCCACUCUACCGAAGCCUGUCCAGCAUCCUGACGAGCAAGCUGAGCUCCUCCCAGCGGUACCCCGCCUUGAAGCUGGCAGCCUGCCUGUGCCAAGCCUGUGGUUCAGAGUGGAUCCCUGCCGGGGGUGCGGGCAGCAAGUUCUUUGCUUUACUGGCCAACCUGGCGUGUGUGGAAGUCCGCCUGACGCUGGAGGAACUGGACCUGGCCGUCGUGAGCAAGAAGCAGGAGUUGAUGGCUGCUUGCUACGUCCUGAUGGAGACGGCCAUUGUAGAGUGCACGAAGGAGAAAGGUUCUCUGCUACAGGAGCCCCAGAAAAUACAGCUGGUGGGGAUCCUGGAGGAAGCCUUUGGGGCUGUCAUCCACUACCUGAGACAGGUAGGGCAGAAGAAGCUGGAUGAUCCUUUCAUCUUUGCCUCUGUUCGAAUCCUUGGGGCCUGGCUGGCUGAAGAAACUUCUUCCCUCAAGCAGGAGAUCUGUGACCUUCUGCCUUUCCUCGUAUAUUACGCCAAGAUGCGCUUUGAAGAAGAGAGAAGAGUCCGAAGCAGUUUGCAGCGUGAGGCCGAGCAGGCAGGGCAAAGCAGCAGCCAGCCGCCUCUCUGGCAAGGGGAUGCUCUGAGAUUCCUGUUGCCUGGCUUAAGUCACUUGACUGCAGAGGAUCGACCCCGCGGGAUCCUCAUCUUGGAGGGGGCGCCAGUACUCCUGUGCCAAUAUUUCUUGUACCGGUGGGAGAUGUUUGUUUCAGACACUGAAACCCCGUCUGCAUCAAGCACUGUAGAAUCCAGCCUUCAAACAUCUUGUGAAAUUUUCCUUAAUUUGGUUGUGACUGCUCCAGAUUUAAUCAGCCGAGAAGAUUGCUUUGCCGCCUUGAUGGACAUGUUGCUGAAGGCUCUUCCUUCUCUGCUACCCCAGAGAGAGCAUCUCAUCCUGACAGCCAAUGUGGCAACAUUGGGACUCAUGAUGGCCAAGAGGCUGUUUGCUUACCCAGGUCUGCAGGGGACUCCAGAAGCCGAGGGGUUCUUUGACGCUGCCAUCCGCUUCCUAGCAGAAGCCCACGUGGCCCAAACAGAUCUCGACGGGGAGAAAGUAACCAUGAGUGUUUCUCCAACCUACAAGGCAGCCUGGCCAGCCAUCCGUGAGUUGUGGUUUCUGGGCAUGAAGGCCUUCGCUAGCUGUGUGCCCCUCUUCCUGUGGCUGCCGCAGGAUGUCUUGCGCUCUGGCUGGCUUCAGGAGCUGCUGGCAUUGCUGGGCUGCGUGGCGCCGUCGUCCGUGGACUUGGAAGUUGUCGGCGCUUUCCAAGGCACCUUGAUGGAGCUAGCCCGAGCUAGCCAGCCAUGUUUGGAGAUGAUCCAACAGCACCGGGGUUUGGAAAUGGCCAGCCUGUAUGGCAUGGUUGCCUUGGAACAAUGUCUCUCUGAGCUGUGAGCCUGCUUGGGAAUGUUUGGUGGUAGGAAAAAAAGUGUUUUCCCUGAAGCAGUGUUUUAUCAUCCGUUUCAUGCAGCUGGAUGAUCUCUAAUUAGUAGGGCAUGGGAUGUGUUGGGGGACCUCUUCCCAGAUGGCUGCGCAAAGUUAUAAAACCUAAUAUGAUGUCUAAUAAAGCAUGUUUCCUAGCUCUCUGUGAUAUCGUAGAGUAACAUGAAACAAUUGCACAAAUGUUUGCCAAUGCACGUUAGUGCUGUUCAGUUGACUCUAAUGCACUGUGAAAAAAGCUACAGUUUUGCUUUGGAGGGAGAGUAAACAAAUGCUAAAGGAACUUUGGUGGUAUUCUAGUAUGGAAGGAGAGGAAUGUUUUUAAUUAUGUAUAGUGAUUGUUCUCUAAUCAGGCUCCAGGGUAAGCUUAAGAAAUGCCCUUAUAAAGGGCAUAUUGCAUAGAUUUCUGGUCAUCUAAUCAUUGAUUGUCUCAGGACUAUUGCAUUGUUGAACCUUUUUUCUUGAGGAUACAAGAGGAUGCUUUAUUUAUUUAUUUAUUUAUUUAAAUAUUCAAUUUUUAAGGAUAAAAAUUCUUCCACGGCAGCUUAGAAGUAACAAUUAAAUACAUUUAUACAAUCGCAGUGAAACAGUGUUGAAAACUUAAGUCCCUGGGACCCUUCCCACAGGACUAACUGAUGCCUUUAUUUAAUAAAUUUGUAACCUGCGUUCCUGAGCAAAGGUGGCUUACAAUUUUUUUUAAAAAAAUAUCAAGAACAAUUUAAAUAUAAUUAAAACAAUCCCUAAACCAGUCCAGCUGCAGUAGGUUCCGCAGGCUACUUUGCCUGUCUACCUGCUCCCACGUGGCUGUUGGUGGUAGACAGCCCCCUUGCAGGAUUGGGCAACAGGAGAGUCAAAGCUACUUUCCUAUUAAAAUAAUUGACUCCAUUUUGAAUCAACUGCAGUUCAAAGAGGAGGGAUUUCCUAGGGCCAAAUCUAUAGAAGUGGAAUCUAAACUCUCCGGAGUGUUAAACGUUUGCUUGUUUUUGGGCUUCUCUGUAUUGUUCAGCAUGUAGGCUCUCGCAUGCAGCCAGUAAAUAUUAUGUUUGUGAGUUGGAGGCUAGAUUAGCCCAUGAAGCCAUGCCCUUGGCUUAUUAUCCUGGUGUUUACAGUUCAGUAAAUAAAAGUGAUUUGUCUUGUAAUAAA